AUGGAUCAGGAAACACAUGGAAACAAAGGAAUUAUUGGGAAUUUGGGCAAAGGUUGUCGGGGAAGGAUUGAGAAUGUUAGUGAUUUGGGUGGAAGUUCGACCAAUUUGGAUAAUGGAGUUGCUGUAGAGACUAUAAAGGCAAUAAAUUCAGGAGAGAGAGUAGCUGCUGUGGUGGAAAGUGGGGUUUUGAAUGCGAAUAUUGAGGGGCUGGGAUCCAGUGAGAGAGUGGCUAAUCAGGGAACAAGUGAUGGGAAAAGAAUUGAAGAGUCAUUGAAUGAAGGAACGCUUGCAAAUUCAAAUAAUAUAAUUAAUGGAGCUGGACUUGAGACUGUUAUUGUGAUGAAUUCAGGGGCGACUUCAAGUGUUAAUGGAGAAAUUAAGGAUUUGGGAGAAAAAAAUGAGGAGUUGGGGCUCAGAGGUGGAGUGAUAAAUGGGAAAGCACGUCAAGGGCAAGGAGAUGGUGAGGUAUUAAAUCAUGUUGAGCAAGGAAGUAGUUGGUCUUCGAGUAAUUCGAUUGGCGGGGCUGUGCUUGAGACUGUGAUUGUGAUAGGUCCUGAAGAGAAUGUGGGUAUUAAUGGGGGAAACCAAAGUUUGAAACUCAAGGGCAAUGAGAUGAGGUCAAGUAAGGGAACAAUGGACGCGUCAGAGACAAAAGUGAACAGAGUUGGGAAGUCAUCGUGUGUGAUUGAUAUGACAUGUAGUGGUGGUGGUGGUGCUGGUGGGGGAAUAGGAGGAGGAGGUUUUAAGGAUAACUGUGAUGGAGAAAGAGUUUGUAGGAUUUGUCACUUGAGUUCUGAGGGGUUGCUGGAAGCUACUGAGGCAAGUGCUACUGCCACAGCCAAUUCCCUGGAUCUGAUUCAGAUUGGCUGUGGAUGUAAAGAUGAUCUUGGCAUAGCACAUCUGUAUUGCGCUGAAGCCUGGUUUAAGCUAAAAGGAAACAGGUAA